AUGACAACAAAAAAGAUAUUAGAUAAACAGCAAAUAUAUAACAGAGAUGAACUUAAGAAGUUGAAUAGAGAUGAAUUAGUUCAAAUAAUGGUUAAAUAUUCAUUAAAACACAAGGGAUUUAGGAAAGAUGUUCUAAUCGAUUCAAUAUUGGAAUAUCAAGAACAUAUCAAUGAUAUCAAAUCAAAGUUGGUUACAAACAACUCAAUCGAACAAUAUCAUCGUGGAACUGUUGAAUAUCGAUUGCCAACAUUGAUCAUCUAUCGAAUCAUUCGUGAUCUUUGGCAUGAAGAUACCUACUUGUGGUUGGACGUUAACGAUCUACCUAACAAGUACCGAUGGUUAUUAUCGAUUGCUCUCGUUUCCAAAGAGUUUUUCAAGUUGAUAUCAUCAUUGUUCAAUCGAUUCGCUAUAAUGCCUAAUUCCCAACAGGCAAUCAAACAAACAAUUUCAUUUGCAAAACUACUCCGAAUCAGUGUUUUAAAUCCACAUUCAGUACUCAAGAAUAUCAGUGAUCUCACAUUUUCAACUAAAUUGUUAAGUGAAAUCACCAAGAAAUCUAUUUCUUCUCCGAUCGAAUUGGGAUUGAUCUUCAAUAAUGUCAGACGCUUUUGUAUGUUCAAUGAAAGCUGGAAAGAAAAUGGAAUAACUUUACAACAAUGUAGAUCGAUUAUAGAAUAUAUUCCGAAUAUCGAAUCAUUGGUAUUCUAUCAGAUGUACUUUAUUUGCGAUAUAUUUCUAUUGUUAAAAACAUUACCACGACUGACUUCACUCGACAUUUCCUCCAGUGAGAUCUCUAGAGAAAGGAAUUUCACAUCAGAUCUACUAUCUCAUUCCAUCAAGAAGUUAAAACUACCUACCGAAUACAGUUAUCCAUACAAGAGUAUACUUUCCGAUCAACAUAAACUUACCACAUUUGGAAUUGGAAGAAUCACUUUGGAACAAUUUCAAAUGAUAAGUGGUCACUUUAUGCAUAUCACCAAAAUGAUUAUCAAAAGAGUAAUUGAAAGUGUGGCAGUCAAGUUCGAGGAGCUGCUGUGUUCACCAGAUUGUAAAGUUCGUACUCUAAUCACAGACACCACAAAUGAAUGGAUCAAAAGAGUGCUCAACAAAAAUCAAUUGAUCGACACAAUCGAUAUCAAUUAUAGUCUAGACGAGACAUUCAAUUUUAUAUCUAAAUCAGCAUCGAUCAAAAGAUUCAUCUUCAAUACCUAUAGUAUUAUUCCUACAGAUCAGUAUAUGUUAAGAUUAUAUAACCAAGCCACUGGAUUUGCACACAUCAAAUCAAAGAAUUCUAAUUUUAGAUCCGUCACCUACGCAGUGAAGAUCUACGAAGUUUCAGAGAAUCAAAAUGAAAAUGAAGCUGUGGAAUCAACUUAUCCUCAUCUCAAGUUUUUAUACGCUGAUAUCUCGAAAGAUUCAUUGGUAUCUGGAAAUUUUUUUGAAAAUUCUUUUAGAAAGAUGACAACAAAAGAGAUAUUAGAUAAACAACAAAUAUAUAGCAAAGAUGAACUUGUAAAGUGGAAAAACGAUGAUUUAGUUAAAUUAAUGUCUAAAUAUUCAUUAAAAGGUAGAAGUAAAAAGAAAGAUUCUCUGAUCGAUUCAAUAUUGAAGUAUCAAGAACAUAUCAAUGAUAUCAAAUCAAAGUUGGUUACAGACAACCCAAUCGAACAAUAUCAUCGUGGAACUGUUGAAUAUCGAUUGCCAACAUUGAUCAUCUAUCGAAUCAUUCGUGAUCUUUGGCAUGAAGAUACCCGCUAUUGGUUGAAUGUUGAUCAACUACACAGAAACUACCGAUGGCUAUUAUCGAUUGCAAGUGUUUCCAAAGAGUAUUUCAAGUUGAUAUCAUCAUUGUUCAAUCGAUUCGCAAUCAACCCUAAUCCCCAACAGACCAAUAAACUAACAGUUUCUUUAUCACAACAACUAAGAGGUAGUGUACUGAGUCCACCUUCAGUACUCAAGAAUAUCAGUCACCUCACACUAUCAACUAAAGUAUUCAAUGAAAUCACCCAGAAAUCGGUAUGUGCUCCAAUCGAAUUGGGACUGAUCUUCAAUAAUGUCAGACGCUUUUGUAUGUUCAACAAUGUUGGGAGUUGGAGAACAAAUUCAAUACAAGCACAACAAUGUAAAUUGAUCAUAGAAUACAUGCCGAAUAUCGAAUCGUUAGGACUCAUUAAUUUGUUGGUUAAUCGCAAAGAAUUUCUAUUGUUAAUAUCAUUGCCAUCACUGACUUCACUUGACCUUUCAGAAGCUGAAUUCUUCAAAGUUGAAAAGGGUUUCAAUUCAGAUCUACUAUCUCAUUCCAUCAAGAAGUUGAAACUACCUAUGUCAGACAAUAAACCAUACAAGAGUACAGUUUCAUAUAAUCAAUACAAGAGAAUACUUUCAGAUCAACAUCAACUUACCACAUUUGGAAUUGGAAGAAUCACUUUAGAACAAAUUCAAAAGAUAAGUGGUCACUUUAUUCAUAUCACCAAAUUGAUUAUCAAAAGAGUACAUAGAAGGGUGGCACCCAAGUUCGAGGAACUGUUAUGUUCACCAGAUUGCAAAGUUCGCACUCUAAUCACAGACAGCAAGUAUGGAUGGAUCAAAAGUGUGCUCAGCAACAAUCAAACGAUCGACACGAUCGAUUUCAAUAAUGAUCUUGACGAGACAUUCAAUUUUAUAUCGAAAUUUCCGUCGAUCAAACGAUUCAUUUUCAACACUGAUAAAGAUAAUUCAUAUCAUUAUACGAUGGAAGAUAGAUCGAAACUAGCCACUGGAUUUGCGCACGUCAAAUCAAAGAGUCAAAAUUUUAGAAUGGCAGGCUACGCAGAGAAGAUCUACAACGUUUCAAAGAAUGAACAUGACAAUUUGGCGGUGGAAUCGACCUAUUCUCAUCUCAAGUUUUUAUAUGCUGGAGUCGCAGACACCCCGAUAUAUUCAUCGGACUCUGACUCUGGUUCUAGCAGCCGCCAUUCAGAUUCAGAUUCAGAUGAUAAUGACUCUGAUGACUCUGACAUAUUCUAA